GGCCCUCGGGAGCAAGCGCGGAGCCGCCGCUUCCCGCCGCAGGCCUGGGCGCUCCCCGCCAUGCCGCUGCUCGUUAACGGGGAACGGAUCGACCUGGCCUGGCCAACGCGGGACGUGAUCCGCGCCUACCCGCACCUCGAGGAAAAGGCAAAACUUCUGAGAAGUCAGCCUGCUCAGAUUGUGGAACCCAAAGGUCUUCUGUAUGUCCAGCAGAGAGAAUUUGCAGUAACUACCCCUAAAGAUGGCUCUGUUUCCAUUCUUGGAUCAGAUGAUGCGACUACCUGCCACAUAGUUGUGCUCCGACACACAGGCAGCGGAGCUACCUGCCUGACACACUGCGAUGGCUCCGACACGGAGGCCGAGGUGUCCCUCAUUGUGAGCGCGGUGAAGUCCUUCUCUGACGCCGCAGGAUGGGGAAGGGCGUUAGGUGCUGCCCCGCAGUGCCUGGCACUCGGGGCCCUGUGCCUCAGUACAGCACCUGCUUUGCCCCUGUCGCUCUCACACGCUGCUGCUGUCCCUGUUGCUGCAGGAGCCUUCGAUCUGCAAACAGAUGAUGUUCAUCUAGUGACUUUCUGCGUGACAGAACUGAAUGACAGAGAAGAAAAGGAUAUUCACUUCCCAGUCAUUUAUGGCAUAGCUGUAAAUGUUAAAACAGCAGAGAUCUUCCCUGCCACGUUCCCCGAGAAAGGGCCGGAUGAGGAUUUGCGUUCAGCCCACAUUUUAACAGGAGCGCCUCUCACCAACAUCUACGACGCACGGAGGGAACAACUCCAUAUCGGGCCUUACUUCUGGAGGCCUUUCCCACACGUGGACUUCUGGUUGGAACAAGAUGAUAAACAGAUCUUACAGGCACCUGACACGCUCCCAGCUGCAAGCUCGUGGGUAGGGCAUGUGGAGGGGGAUCCAGCUACCAGGGUAAGUAUGGGUAAGUAUUGCUGUUCUCUGCCCUGAGCCUUGGUGCAGCAAGAAUCAGAGAGAUGCUAAACCCAGCAGAGAGGAUACCCACACAGAGAUGGGGAGCAGGAUGCUGAGCCCUGGGCUCCCCUGCUGCCUUAGGUGGUUUAUAAACACAGCAACAGUAAACUUCUGCAGAUACAGAGCCAAAAGUCACAGAAACCAUCCCUCUCUUCAGAAAUGGCAGUGUGUGAGAACAGCUUUUUUAAACUGCCUCAACGUGCAAGAACAAAGUGAAGCUGUAGGAGCAAGGUUAGAAGAAUUGCUUUCCUGGCUGUUACAGAAACAACAGAGCACCUUCUUUUACAUCCUAAGGGUGGAUUAUGUCACUCAGUCCAAUCAGCGUAAAAAUAAGUGUGUUGCAGGUUGAUGUACAACUGGAAACAGCUGUAAAACCAGCAGUACCACGGCUGCAGCUGCCCCCACUCCUACCUGCUGUUAAGUUAAAUGUUCUUCCCUUCGGAGAGGCUUGGAAUGGAGAAAACCAGUUCAGCACAGAGCCUACGACAGGUAUUUGUCGUAGCAGCCCCUGCAAAGGACACAAAGAGUGGCUGGUGAAGGAGCUGCCCACCUUGAGACAAGUGAUUUCGAGUGACCAGAUAGCAAAUGUUGCCAGCCUCACCUCUUCCAGGAGCCGUUCUUCAUUGGCUUUCUGAAGCUGGAGUUGAGCUUCUUGUAUCCCUUUUCUGACCACUUCAGUCAUAUUUUCCAACAGCUAAUAAAGAACAGACAUUGUGUUAUUAUAUAUGAUAUAUUACAGUGAUAUAUAUUACUUUAGACUUUUUUGUUCAGGGUUUCAGGCUGUAAUCAUGGUAGGCACUUUUCUAACUCCAGACGUCACUAUUUCGUGGAGAUUGUAAAUUAAAGAAUGUACAUGCUGACUGCAGGAUUUUUAAAGGUAUACCCAGAGGACAGAGUGUCAUUUUAAACAGAAAUGGUACCUAUUUUUCUUCUACUUCAAAACUUCUUCUACUGUGACCCAAAUUCUUGAAAGAUCUGCUUAGCACUCAAGUGUUUGUCAGAUGCUGAAUCUGAUG